CAUGAUCGAGGCAGCCGGAGUUUGGGAGGUUUUUCAGUGGGAUCACGGUAAUACAUACACACACUGUGGAAACGGGCUGAAAUGAGUUUCCUUGGAGGUUUGUUUGGUCCAGUGUGUGAAAUCGAUGUUGUUCUUAAUGAUGCCGAGACAAGGAAGACGGCAGAAAUAAAGACAGAAGAUGGCAGAGUAGAAAAACACUUUCUGUUCUACGAUGGAGAGUCGGUUUCAGGAAAGGUAAAUCUCACUGUUAAACAGACGGGAAAGAGACUAGAGCACCAAGGGAUUCGGAUUGAAUUUGUGGGGCAGAUUGAGCUAUUCAGUGACAAGAGCAACACCCAUGAGUUUGUGAACCUGGUGAAGGAGCUGGCCCUGCCAGGAGAGCUGACCCAGGACAGGAGCUAUGACUUCGAGUUCAUGCAGGUGGAGAAGCCAUAUGAAUCCUACAUGGGCGCCAAUGUCCGCCUCAGGUAUUUCCUUAAAGUGACGAUAGUGAGAAGGCUGUCAGACUUAAUCAAGGAGUAUGACCUCAUAGUACAUCAGCUGGCCUGCUACCCAGAUGUGAACAACUCCAUCAAAAUGGAAGUGGGGAUAGAAGACUGUCUACACAUAGAGUUUGAAUACAACAAGUCCAAGUAUCACUUAAAAGAUGUUAUUGUGGGCAAAAUCUACUUUUUGUUAGUGAGAAUUAAAAUCCAGCACAUGGAGCUUCAACUAAUCAAAAAGGAGAUUACUGGCAUAGGACCUAGUACUACUACUGAGACUGAAACCAUUGCUAAGUAUGAGAUCAUGGAUGGAGCUCCAGUGAAAGGUGAAUCUAUUCCUAUCAGGCUUUUUCUAGCAGGAUAUGACCUCACUCCCACAAUGAGAGAUGUGAACAAGAAGUUCUCUGUGCGCUACUUCCUCAACCUGGUUCUAGUGGAUGAAGAGGACAGGCGGUACUUCAAACAGCAGGAAAUUGUUCUGUGGAGAAAAGCACCUGAGAAGAUCCGAAAGCGCACCAAUUUCCACCAACGCUACGAGUCCCCUGAGUCCCGGCCAACCCUCUCUGCUGAACAGCCUGAAAUGUGAAGAGCUUACACAAGCAAACCGGCGGUGUGGAGAGAAGCGCAGCGAGCUGUAACGAACAGAGAGUGGCCCAAAUCCACACGAUCUCACCAUCUUCGUCCAUCCUAUGCGGCUGCGGUUACUCUACGUCCUUCAAGUCUGCGGACUUUCUCUCUCCAAAACACUGGAUCGUUCGGAAACUACCAUUUUAUACUGCACAUUUUACCCAUUUGUUUAAUAACUUAAUGCACUUGGAUAUGCAGUGAGCUUCAGAGAAAAGUCUGUUUAUAAAUAUUUCAAGAAUGUUCCCCGUGCAUGUAGGCUGGUUAAUGUAUAUGGAUGAGAAGAUACAUGUGUUAGAUGUUGGUUACAGGUUUUCUGACACACAUUGGGACGUGGCACAGCUGACCCCCAGGUGCCAUAAGAAUUUGCUGUAAGAUGUACACGAUUUAAGUUGGAGUUUUUUUUUUUUUUUCUCAUAACUUAUGUAGUGUUUCUUCUGUGAUUUACACCAUCAUUUGUUCCGUUUUACUAAUAUUUCACUUUAAUGUAUUAAAAGCUCCCCUGUCGAGGUUAGAUUUACUUUUACUACUCUCUUUCUUAGACUAGAAAUGUAGAUGUUUAUGUUCAAAGUAGUGCUGUUAUACAAGGCUAAAAAAUAUCCAGCGUUUAUCAAUUCAUUUAAAUAUCCAUUUUGAGUCCUUCAAACAUUUGAUAGCCUUUUUUUUUGUAGAUCACCUUGUAUCAUUGGUACAACACAUGCACUGGUUGAUUUAUAUUUACUAAGAAGAUAAGGCCACUUUGCUCUAUGAAAGUGUAAAUAAUGUGGAAAGCUAACAGUGCCAUUGUUAAGUGACUGAAACACAACCCAGGCAGAUCUACAUUUGUUUUAAGCCCCACCCCCCAUGCAAGGAAUAGAUGAAGGUUAUUACAGAUAUGCUGACAACUUGCAUGUACGCUCUUUUUUUUACAUUUGCCUGAUUUGAACAACAGCAAAAAGAAAGUAUGUGAGCAUUAAAACUGUAUAUAUGCAGGCCACAGACUAUCUAUCCAUCUACAAUAAAUAUUAAAAAAUG